AGCGGCGGGCACUCGGGCCUGCGGGCGGCAUCAUGUCCCCGGGGAGCGGGGUGAAGAGCGAGUACAUGAAGCGCUAUCAGGAGCCGCGCUGGGACGAGUACGGGCCGUGCUACCGCGAGCUGCUGCACUACCGCCUGGGCCGCCGACUGCUGGAGCAGGCGCAUGCGCCCUGGCUCUGGGACGACUGGGGCCCGGGCAGCUCCUCGGACGACUCAGCGUCGUCCGAGUCGUCUGGCAGCGGGGGCCCAGCGCCCCGGUGCGCCCCGGCCUCGCCCGCGGAGCAGGAGGAGACGGAACGGGGGGUGCGCGGGUCCCCGGAGGAGCAGCGCGCAGAGGCCGGGGACGCGGAGGACGCGGCUCUGCCUGCGCUGCCAGUGAAAGAUGAUGUAGAAGAAAAACCUGAACAAAUCAGAACAAAAGAGACCGAUAUAUUACCCGCCGGUAUCGAAGCACGACAACAACGAAGUGCCUUAGUCGCCAGAGGAAAUAGGGAAGCGGCCAGAAGUCCCCAAAGAUCAUCAAGCAAAAUAAAAGAAAACAAGCAUCCAUUUGCUCUUUAUGGCUGGGGAGAAAAACAGACCGACACAGGAAGCCAAAAAACUCACAACGUGUGUGCGUCUGCCGCUGUGCAUGAGAUUCAUGAAUCAGCAUUACGAGCCAAGAACAGAAGACAGGUGGAAAAAAAGAAACUGGUUGCUCAGAGGCAACGUGCUCACUCUGUGGAUGUGAACAACAGAAAGAUGAAGUCUUCCUCCUCGGAGAACCCGUGGAUGACAGAAUACAUGAGGUGCUAUUCGGCCAGAGCGUAAAGAAACAGUCACGUGGACAGCCUCUUAAAAAGUGUAAGUGACAGAAAGGAAAAUCAAAACAAGACGAAAACCAUCAAAAGAAACUGGACCACAGAUUCAAGAAACCAACUGAAUAUGCAAGGUUUUUCUUAGAGAAUUCCUGAAAGAUUGUUUUAUU